CUUACAAUAAUAAGACCUAAAUCAGGAUUUUUGUUCUUUUUAAGGACAUUUUUUUGAUUGUUUUCUUUCAUUUUACGCACAUUUUAUCCGUCUAAACAUCACUGUAUGUGCAAAAAAAAAAAAAAGUGUUUCCAUCUCAGAGGAAAUCAUUGCUUUCCAGCAUUUUCCUCAGACCAGUAUCAAACAAACUCAGCCCCCACCCUCUUUCUGUCUCUCUCUCUCUCUCUCUCUCUCUCUCUCUCUCUCUCUCUCACCUUCCAUGUCUCCAAAUCGGACAUUUUCUCUCUGCCUCUGGUGCAACAUAACAUAACGCCACUUAUAAAACCUGCAAACACAUAUAUAAGUGUGUGUAUGUGUGAGGUGUGUGUGUGUGUUUUUAACGGGAUAAGAAGAGAGCAGAAAGAAUCACAUUCAAACAGGUGUGAGGAGCAGAGACGAUCCCAGGUGGCGCAUGUUGAUCGGAUGUGUGGCCGAAUGAGAGAGCAUCUCUCUCUCUCUCGCUCUCUCUCUUUUUUUUUGUGUGUGUGUGAGGGUUGAGCAAGCCGCAUCCGAAAAUAGUGUUUGGCUGUUUUAGAAAGUAGGUCGAUAGGAACUGAGAGCGACGCGUGUUUCCACGCUUUUGUCUGUGUUUCUUUGUUGUUUAGCAGAGGACUGUGGCUUUAGUGAGGAACGUUUUACGCACAGGUGGGAGAUACCCGCUCGGCGUGCACUGUAGGACAGCCCCCCUCUCGCUCCCUCUCUCUCUCUCUCUCUCUCCUUUUCUCUCUGCUCCCUCAGCGUGAUGAUGUGAGGAAGUGACAUUUUUCACCGCUGCGGUUCGGGACAGCACUGCUCCUCUGCAAACAGCACCAAGAAACCUGAACCAAACCUGGACGCGGGACAGAGGGAGGAGAAUCAACCAAGUCUUUUCUUUAUUAGCCUGGGCUGUUUCAGACAGAGAGAGAGAGUGAGAGCAGAGAGAGGGGGAGAGAGAGAGAGAGAGAGAGGGAGCGAUGGCAACGAAAAAGGCGUGCGUGGAUGCGCCCAAAAGGAGCCGGAGUCCGGUCGUGUUGGAGGCGGAGAUGUUCAGUGAAUUUCAGGACUGGUGUCUCCGGACUUAUGGAGACUCUGGUAAAACAAAGACGGUCACCCGGCGAAAAUAUAACAAAAUCAUGCAGACACUGUUGCAGAACGACGAGUCGGACGGCGUUUACAUCGACAACAGCCACAUCAACGCCAAAUUCAAAUUUUGGGUGAAGUCGAAAGGAUUUCAGGUCGGGACCAACGUUUUGGGAGAGCACAACAAGAAGGGAGCACCGGGGAAACCGGUCCUAUAUGUCCCGGUCAAGUCAACGUGUUCAGAUGGGAAUUCGGCUCAAGACAACUCCUCCCUGAAGCGUGUCGCUGUGGUGGAAGACUUCUUUGACAUCAUCUAUGCCAUGCAUGUGGAGAUGGGCGCCGACCCUGGAAGAGCACCCAAACAUGCAGGCCAGAAGAAGACCUACAAAGCGAUCGCAGAGACCUAUGCCUUCCUGCCCAGGGAGGCGGUGACUCGGUUCCUAAUGAGCUGUGGAGAGUGUCAGAAGAGGAUGCACAUCAACCCCAGCACCGCAGAGUUCAAAGAAAAUGACAGACCGACCUCUCUGGUCCCGGACCUCAUCGACUACAACAUGCCUCUUACUGCCACCUACCUGAAACAGAUGAAACUGCAGUGCAUGACUGCCACUGAGAGGGAUGACAGUUCGGUGAGCAGCGAGGAAAUGAACAGCGCCGAGCCCACAUGGGUCGCAGCUGAGCAGCCCCCAGUGCCUGAGCCAAGUCCACCUAACGGAGAGCGAGUCAGCAACCCGACAGCCAACGUUAAAGAAGAGGACGAUGACGACUCCUCGGAGAGCGGCAGUGCCAACGGGCUGCCCGCCCUGACCUCCCCGGAGGUUCUUGCCGUGGGUGGGAACCCCCCAGAUGGUGGGGCCCCUUACGGGGAGGUGACAGAGAACGGGCUGGGCGCUCCCCUGGACUUCAGCACCACCUCGCCCUCGUCCUCCUCAGAGGAUCAGCAGCCAGUCAAUCUGAGCGACAGAUUGCUGCCCACCGGGAGCUCGCCGCCAAACUCUUACCCCGCGGACCCCAACAGGAAGUACCCAAUCAAAACAGAGUACACCAACAAGUCUCCUCCUUACAGCUCAGGAAGCUAUGACUCUGUGAAAACUGAACUGAGCAUGAGCGCAGAGGACUUGACCUCUGGUCGGGCGCAGAUAAUUGACGACGACGACGACGAUCACGACGACCACGAUGACAGCGACAAGAUCAAUGACGCUGAGGGCAUGGACCCUGAGAGACUUAAAGCCUUCAAUAUGUUUGUGCGUCUGUUCGUGGAUGAAAAUCUGGACCGCAUGGUGCCCAUCUCCAAACAGCCCAAGGAGAAGAUCCAGGCCAUCAUCGAGUCCUGUAGCCGCCAGUUCCCAGAGUUCCAGGAGCGUUCCCGCAAACGCAUCCGCACCUACCUCAAAUCCUGUCGCCGCAUGAAAAAAGGCGGUUUUGAGAUACGACCAACACCUCCUCACCUCACCUCUGCCAUGGCUGAGAACAUCCUCGCUGCCGCCUGUGACAAUGAAACCCGAAAUGCUGCCAAGAGGAUGCGGCUCGAUGUGUACCAAGCGACGGAUGAGCCCGCCUCUGUUGACAAGAACAACUCGAGGGACCUGGCCUCUGUGGCUCCGUCAGGGUUCUCCAUCUCCAGCGCAGCUUUUGCCCAAGACCAGCUCUACACCAAUGGAGGCCUCAACUACAACCUGCGGGGGUACGGGACAGUCGGCAGCAACCAGCAGAACUCUGGUGCAGCACAAACCAACGGUCCCACAGAUCUGAGUAUGAAGUCAGUCGGCCCAAACUCCUCCUCCUCUAGCUCCAACAGUCACGGUCAGGGAGGCGGUGGCGGCGGAGCUUCGGCUCAGCUCAGCCCUCCGGAGGUCACGGCGGUGAGACAGCUCAUCGCGGGAUACCGGGAGUCCGCCGCCUUCCUGCUGCGCUCCGCGGACGAGCUGGAAAACCUGAUCCUGCAGCAGAACUGAGUCGGAGCCAGAGGCGAAGGCGAGACCUUCUCUCGGGUCCACAGAAUAUUUGGGCAGACUUGCAUACAAAGACACAAAAGUACACAAGUGAUACUGCAGUGCACAGUGGGUCCUGUAGGUACGGUACCUUUACUUAUUCCCACAUGAUUUAUGUAUUUGGACGGGGCCAGAACAUAUCAUAGGCUGAAAAAUGUUUAUUUAUGCAUUUGGUUCACUUUGACCUUAGUGCCCUGGUAUCUGUAGCCAUUCAUCCCAUUCAAUUCAUUUUACCACUUCAACCUCCAUUCGUCUCAGGAAGCGAUGAUCUAUGUGAAACAAUUAUCUGCAGCGGUACACAGUGGAGUACCAGAGGUGUUAACCUUAAAUUAGCGGCUCGUGCUUUGUGCAUAUGUUUGGUACAGAUCAACGGUUAGAUAGCAGUGAUUUUUAGUGUCAUCACUUUGUAAAAUAACGCUGUACAGUUGGCAUGAAUCGAUCGAGUCGUCCAAAUUCUUGCGUUCAGAGAUGAUUCGCUGCUAAAUCCACUGACCUGUUAACCUCAACAGCUCCUGAAGGACGUGCUGACGUGCUUUUAAAAAAAGAAAAACUGAAAAAAGUAGAGAGUUAAUGAAAACAAACAGGACAGUGUUUGACAGUUUUCACCUGUAAAUUUUGACCGUGAAGUCGUGCGGUCAAAAGUAUACCUCGGUCCAGAAUCUUAAGCAUGUGGUUACUAAGAGACAAAGACUCAUUACCCGACGUGACUUCAUUUUCUUUUUUAAAAGUUAUUUUAUGAAGAAUAUCUCUAUCACGGGCGAUUUCUCAUUACCUAAAAGUAAAGGAAGGAGGCGUUCAGUUUAAGGAGCAUGGGUAUGCAAAUUGAGGUCACAGACACCUGUCAGGGAAACAAAACAAAAAAAAAGGAGAUUAAUAUAUUGUUUAGACUCUUAGUGCUACUGGAAAAGUGGAAAAAGGUGCAAUAUCGAAGAUAAUCAGUAAAGGUGUGCUUACUGAAAAGACUUGCCUAAAGGCAAAAGAGAGAGGGAGUACUUCACCACAGCGUCCUCCCGGCUGUAAACUGUAAAAAAAAAAAAAAAAAAAGAUAUCCCAUGCAGCAUUGUAGCCAAUUUCAAUGUUGUUGUUUGUUGUGAGUGCUGAUCAUUAUGGCUAACCUCAUAACUGAGGCACUUUUGUGUAUUGGGAUCAGUCAUCCAUGAUAAAAAAGGAAAACGGGACCUGGCAGAAAAAUGAGACUUUUAAUGUUGCACGUCUUGGAAGUGUCUCUGUUAACUGUGAGUGUGUUUUAAGUUUUUAAACGGGCACGUUGAGCUCACGCGGCACGGCGGUAUCACCCUUAAACAUCCAUAUGGCUUUACCGGAUGCAGUGUGUGUGUGUGUGUCUGUGUGUGUGUGUAUGGGGGGGGCUGCUCAGACAAAACAAACUCCGACCUGUCCAUCACUGUCUGAAUCAUCUCCUGACCUCAGCUUGUCUCUCCCUCAUCUCCAUCGACAUCAAACUGUUUUGAAAAGAAGCAAGAGACAAUCUUUGAAAAAGAUGUAAUCACAUCACAGUUUACUCUCCCAGCUUUCUGCUAUGGUGUGUGUGUGUGUGUGUUAAUGUGUGUGUUAGUGUGUGUGUGUGUGGUCUGAGGGCACACGAGUACUCUCAAAGCAGAUCUAGAGCACAGUCUCACAACUUUUAACGACGAGUCACUCAGCACAAAAAAAAAACACAGUCGUGUAAGUCGCGUGAUGUUUUUAUUUUGUUGAUGCGUGUGUCGGUAUGUUAUUUUAUUUGUGUGUGUGUGUGUGUGUGUGUGUGUGUGUGUGUGUGUGUGUGUGUGUGUGUGUGGAGUUUGUACAACAUCGAUCUGUGAAGAUUUAAUUCAGUCGGCUGAAACAUUCCAAACAAGGACAAUGACUCUUCAAGCAGCCAAAAAAAAAGAGAGAAAAGAAAGAAAAACGUGGCUGGCACCUUAUUGAUUUGUCAAAGUUUAGAGAGAUAUAUUUCUGUAUUUAUCACAAAUCUAUCAAAUUUAUCAGUUAUUUAUCACAAAGCGUUCAUUCAUAAACGUUUCACCACCACCUAGGCCCGGUUUAGAGUUGGAUUUACAUCCUUUUAUUAUUUUUUUUAACAUUUUAACCAUGUCAUGAUUGGGCUGCGUUACAUUUACAUUUAAAUCUAUUGCAAGUUUGGAAGCACUUUAUAGCUCAGGAUUAAAGGUAACAUAACACAGUGAUGAGUGUCUCUUUACCUCAUUUGGAAACAUCAGCUUCGGUUCAAACGUUUUGAGAACUGAUGAUAACAAAGGACACUUUGACGCGACUCGAUCAGAAGCAGCUCUCAGUCUGCUUUAUUGAUGAUUAUUAUUU